AUGGGCCCAGAAACAGUUUCGUCCGAGGAGGCGCGCGCGGAUCGGCCGAACGGGACGUCGGAUCUGGUGGACCCGGUGACGGGGGUUCGGUCGCUCACCUACUGGCACAAACUGAUCACCCUCAUCGUUUCUGUGAUUGAGGACGACAGCAAGCACUACGCCUCAGUGCUCAACCAGUACGUCUCCGUCUCUCUCUCUCUCUUUCUCUUUCUCUAG